UUCACUUCGAAAUGCAACAAAAAUUGUAAAAAUUAAAAUUGAUUGUUAGGACUGAUUUAUGUAAACAUUUUUUGGAUACAAAUGAAAGACCUUAGAAUUCAAUAAAGAAAUACAAACCAGAAGAACGAUUUGAAGAUUAUCCAAAAUCAAAAGAGCUAAUAAGAUUAAAAUCAGAGUUAAUAAAGAAACAUAAUCAUCCUCCAAAUUAUAUUAAAGCAGAUUUAAGAGCUUUUGAUUUAUCAUAAUUGGGCAAAGUAUUAUUAUAUAUAUAAAUAUUUAACAUAGUUUGAUGUAAUUUUAAUUGAUCCACCUUGGGCAGAGUAUGCUAAAAGAUUAAUGUAAGCAAAUAUGCAAGUUAAAGAACAUUAAUAGUCUUGGACAUUAGAAGAAUUAAAAUAAUUAAAUAUUGAUAAAAUUGCCGAUAUACCAAGUUUUAUUUUCUUAUGGUGUGGAUCUGAACAUUUAGAUGAUGGCAGAGAAUUAUUUAAAACUUGGGGAUUUAAAAGAUGUGAAGAUAUUGUUUGGUUAAAAACUAAUAAAGAUCAUUCUAAAUAAAAUUAGUAUGUUGCAGGAUAAGAUUAUGGUGAUAAUUUAUUUAGACGAGUUAAAGAACAUUGUUUAGUUGGAUUAAGAGGAGAUGUAAAAAGAGCAUCUGAUUAACAUUUCAUUCAUGCUAAUAUUGAUACUGAUGUUAUUAUUACUGAAGAAGAAGUCAUGGGAUCAACUAAAAAACCUGAAGAAUUAUAUGAAAUUAUAGAAAGGUUUUGUUUGGGUAGAAAACGAAUUGAAUUAUUUGGAGAAAUACAUAAUAUUAGAGAUGGUUGGUUGACUAUUGGAUCUUAAUUAAGAGAUACAAGAUAAAUGCCAUAAUAAUAUAAUUCAUAUUUCUAAUAAGAAUAAUUUAGUGAAGAAAAACCAUUCAUGGGUCCUCGUUAUUUAUAAACAACCAUCGAAAUUGAAAAUCUAAGACCUAAAUCACCUCCAAAAGAAUAAUAAUAAUAAUAACCAUAAACAUAUUUUUAUUGA